AGGUAGACAUUAGGCUGAAUAUAACCAUCAUUAUUAAAGCCAUCCAACCCCCAACAGCUCACCUGACCAAUCUUCUUUAAACACUCCACUAUUAAUCAGUUACCUCAUCUCUCUCAAUCUCCGAAUUUAUGGCUUCUUUUCACCUCUCACAAUCUUUACAUGAUCGCAUAAUUGUAUGUUACUAUAGCUUUUCUCUUCUCUAUUUCUAAUCCUCCUACCUCGCAACCCACAACCCACAACACCAUAAAGAUCGUUUCCGUAUUCUCAAUGACGGAAACUAACGAUCAACUUCCAAGCAAACGUCAGAGACGCCGCCGGUGCUGUUUCAUCGUUGGCGGAGUGGCUCUUUUCUUGGUGCUGUUGCUAUUUAUAAUCAUUCUCAUCUUAGUAUUGACGGUCUUUAAGGCUAAAGAACCCAAGGUUGAUCUUGUGUCAGCCACACUAGAUGGCAUCUCUCCUCGCAUCUCGUUCCCAGUAAUCAAUAUUCAACUCAACAUCUCGCUUAAUCUCAAUCUUCUGGUACACAACCGAAAUUAUGCCAGCUUCAAGCAUGGUGCUGGCAAGACUUCCCUUCUGUAUCAAGAUAAGCAGAUAGGAGAAGCGGAUCUGUAUCCGGGUGUUAUACCUUCUAGAGGAUCAGCACCGCUUGCUUGCCGGCUUACUAUUGAGGUGGAUGAACUAGCAUCUGACAUGACAGAGUUAAUCCAGGAUGUGUUGGCAGGACAGCUUGUUAUGGAAACACGGACAAGCAUUCCAGGCAGGGUUACAUUCUUGGGGAUAAUAAAAAAGCAUGCCGUAGCUACUUCUGCAUGCAGAUUCACGAUUGCUUUUCCUGCAAUGAAGAUUCAAAACCAGGAGUGCAGGAGCAAGACAAAGUUAUAAGAAUAUGGUUUUUGAAUGAAAGCAUCAACACAAGGCGUAUGGCUUCAGUGUUGCCCCCACGAGUGCUUGAAUAUUUUAUUUAGUGGCGUAGACUGGAGACUCUCUUAGAUAUGUUUUAUUGUAAUGUUUAAUGCCCCUUAACUACUCUCAAGGGAGUAGGGUUGAGACUGUUUUUUGUAAAUCUGCAAACAUAAUCUUUCUUGAUUCUUCUCCA